AGCCCCGCCCCGGCCGCCGAGCCCCGCGCGGGCGGGCGGGAUGCCCCGCGGCCACCGCACUUUGGCCGGAGCGCUGCCCUGAGCGGGCCCCGGCCGCGCGGCCGCCGCGGGCGCCAUGGAGCAGUGGCGGCAGUGCGGCCGCUGGCUCAUCGACUGCAAGGUCCUGCCGCCCAACCACCGGGUCGUGUGGCCCUCGGCGGUGGUCUUCGACCUGGCGCAGGCGCUGCGCGACGGCGUCCUCCUGUGCCAGCUGCUGCACAACCUGUCCCCCGGCUCCAUCGACCUCAAGGACAUCAACUUCCGGCCGCAGAUGUCCCAGUUCCUGUGUUUAAAGAACAUCCGCACCUUCCUGAAAGUCUGCCACGAUAAAUUUGGACUCCGGAACAGCGAGCUGUUUGACCCCUUCGACCUCUUCGAUGUCCGAGACUUUGGGAAGGUCAUCUCUGCCGUGUCCAGACUCUCCCUGCACCACGUGGCCCAGAACAAAGGGAUCAGGCCCUUUCCCUCGGAGGAGACCGCGGAAAACGACGAUGAUGUCUAUCGCAGCCUGGAGGAGCUGGCGGACGAGCAUGACCUGGGGGAAGACAUCUAUGACUGUGUCCCGUGCGAGGAUGAGGGCGACGACAUCUACGAGGACAUCAUCAAGGUGGAGGUACAACAGCCCAUGAUCAGAUACAUGCAGAAGAUGGGCAUGUCCGAGGACGACAAGAGAAACUGCUGCCUGCUGGAGAUUCAGGAGACCGAGGCCAAGUACUACCGGACCCUGGAGGACAUUGAGAAGAACUACAUGGCCCCGCUGAGGCCGGUGCUGAGCCCGGCGGACAUGACGGCCAUCUUCAUCAACCUGGAGGACCUAAUCAAAGUGCAUCACAGCUUCCUGCGGGCCAUUGACGUGUCCAUGAUGGCAGGGGGCAGCACUCUGGCCAAGGUCUUCCUGGACUUCAAGGAGAGGCUUCUGAUCUACGGGGAAUAUUGCAGCCACAUGGAGCACGCCCAGAACACGCUGAACCAGCUCCUCGCCAGCCGGGAGGACUUCCGACAGAAGGUCGAGGAAUGUACUCUGAAGGUCCAGGACGGGAAGUUUAAGCUUCAAGACCUGCUCGUGGUCCCCAUGCAGAGGGUGCUGAAGUAUCACCUGCUCCUGAAGGAACUCCUGAGCCACUCCGCGGAUCGGCCCGAGAGACAGCAGCUCAAAGAGGCACUGGAAGCCAUGCAGGACUUGGCGAUGUACAUAAACGAAGUUAAGCGGGACAAGGAGACCCUGAAGAAAAUCAGUGAAUUUCAGAGUUGUAUAGAAAACUUGCAGGUGAAACUAGAGGAGUUCGGGAGGCCGAAGAUUGACGGGGAACUGAAGGUCCGGUCCAUAGUCAACCACACGAAGCAAGACAGGUACUUGUUCCUGUUUGACAAGGUGGUCAUCGUCUGCAAGAGGAGGGGCUACAGCUAUGAGCUGAAGGAGGUCAUCGAGCUGCUCUUCCACAAGAUGACCGACGACCCCAUGAACAACAAGGACGUCAAGAAGUCUCAUGGGAAAAUGUGGUCCUACGGCUUCUAUCUAAUCCACCUCCAAGGAAAGCAGGGCUUCCAGUUUUUCUGCAAGACAGAGGACAUGAAGCGGAAAUGGAUGGAACAGUUUGAGAUGGCCAUGUCAAACAUCAAGCCAGACAAAGCCAAUGCCAACCACCACAGCUUCCAGAUGUAUACUUUUGACAAGACCACCAACUGCAAAGCCUGCAGGAUGUUCCUCAGGGGUACCUUCUACCAGGGCUACCUGUGCACCAAGUGUGGUGUCGGGGCACACAAGGAAUGUCUGGAAGUGACCCCUCCCUGCAAGAUCAGUUCUCCUGCAGACCUGGACGCCUCUGGAGCAGGACCGGGUCCCAAGAUGGUGGCCGUGCAGAAUUACCAUGGCAACCCUGCUCCCCCUGGGAAGCCAGUGCUGACCUUCCAGACGGGUGAUGUGAUCGAGCUGCUGAGGGGCGACCCCGAGUCUCAAUGGUGGGAGGGUCGGCUGGUGCAGACCAGAAAGUCAGGCUACUUUCCUAGCUCGUCCGUGAAGCCCUGCCCCGUGGAUGGAAGGCCGCCCGCCAGCCGACCGCCCUCCCGGGAGAUCGACUACACGGAAUACCCCUGGUUCGCAGGCAACAUGGAGAGACAGCAGACAGACAACCUGCUGAAAUCGCACGCCAGCGGGACCUACCUGAUCAGGGAGCGGCCGGCCGAGGCGGAGCGCUUUGCCAUAAGCAUCAAGUUCAAUGAUGAGGUGAAGCACAUCAAGGUGGUGGAGAAAGACAGCUGGAUCCACAUUACAGAAGCGAAGAAGUUUGAAAGCCUCUUGGAGCUGGUGGAGUACUAUCAGUGCCACUCGCUCAAGGAGAGCUUCAAGCAGCUGGACACCACGCUCAAGUACCCCUACAAGUCACGGGAGCGCGCGGCCUCCAGGGCCUCCAGCCGGUCCCCAGCUUCCUGUGCCUCCUACAACUUUUCUUUUCUCAGUCCUCAGGGCCUCAGCUUUGCCUCCCAGGGCUCCUCCGCUCCCUUCUGGUCAGUGUUCACACCCCGUGUCAUCGGCACGGCCGUGGCCAGGUACAACUUUGCUGCCCGGGAUAUGCGUGAGCUCUCACUGCGGGAAGGCGACCUGGUGAAGAUAUAUAGCCGCAUUGGCGGGGACCAGGGCUGGUGGAAGGGCGAGGCCAACGGACGGAUCGGCUGGUUUCCUUCAACAUACGUAGAAGAGGAGGGCAUCCAGUGACGACAACAACACGGACAGGGCUCGUGGAUUUUCCUCGAAGAGUCCAGCUCUGAAGUCUGUCUCCAGCUCUGUGACUCAGAGGGGACACGCCCGCCAACCUUCCAGUCUUCAGCAGCCCCUGGGGAUGGGGAGGGUGUUCAAAAUCCUACAUGCAAACCGGCCCACCUUCAGUCUGCCCUCGGUGGCCUGUCCUGGGUACGCUACUUGUACAUAGAGGAGAGCCGGGCCAGCCCCGUCGUGACGGCCACCACCAGAGCGCCGAGGGGAGGGAGCGCCUGGGGCGUCCUGAGCCAGGCUCUGGGUGACAGCUGAGGCCAGAGCUCCCCUGGCCCCUGUCCUGUUGAGACGGCAUUCGGGAGCCGAGGUCUGAACAGCAGGUGCUCCCGGGGAGGACUGGGACGGCAGAGGGGGCCUUCCCCCAGCCCCUUCUGCUCAGCCCUGGACGCUCAGCCUGCCUGCUUCCCGCCGCUCCCGGGGGGGCAGCCUCGGGCCCAGAGAGUCAGAAGGGACCGGAGCCAGGCCGUUUGCCCCAGCCCGUGCUCAGCCCCAGCUGUGCUCAGGUGUAGGAGAAGAGAGCAUCGCUAGGGGGUCCGCGCGGGCCCCCUUGACUCCUCGUGGCCCUCCGCGUGAGGGGUGUGCAGGCUCCGCCCGGGGAGGGGGUCCCUCUCUCAGGAGGGGGCCUGAGCGAACGAUGAAGGGGCCGACCCUCCUCCCCAGCCAAUGGUACUGUUCCUGCCCUGAACCCCAGGAAUGCGUCUGUCCUGUCCUGCUGUCAGGUGGAUACACCUUUUGUAAACCCUGAUGUGGGUGAGAAGAAAACAAGAGUUUUCCCCUCGCUCGGUCCCUGCUGUUCACAUUCCUCUCCAGAAGGAGCCCCCCCCCCGCCCUGGUCCCCCCCCACCCCGGAGUCUCCUGUGUCAUGCGGGGUGGUUCCUGAGGGGCCUCCCAGCCUCCCCACCGGUGCCGGUACCGGCCCUUGCGAGACUUCCUCCUGCCACCCCGAACUGGGCCUGUGGCCAGCUCGAAAUAAGUGCUCUUGGGGGUGGCCCCCCUACCCCCCGAACUCCCCCUCCUGACUCCCCCUGGCCUUUGACCUCUGGCUCUCUCGUCCAGACCCUCUCCCUCCCUCGGCCUGGAUGUUGCAUGAGACCUAACGGCGCCACCUCCCUGCGAGCUCCGUGCCAAAGCUGCUGGUGAAACCUGGGCUGUGUGUCCCCUGCCCCUCGGCCAGGCUGCCCUGCCCUCUGCAGGGCGCGGGGACCGGGCAAGGCCGGGCGUGGGGAAGGCCAGCCCCUGCUGCCGUGGCUGCUGUUGCCCCGCUGCACCCUGGGGUUCCUCUGAAGUCAGCCGUGUGGCCUCCAGGCUCAGCUCACACGCGCAGUGUCCCUGCCCGGGGAGGAGGCAGGGAGGGGUCGGGGACAGUCAGCAGCCAGGGGAAGAGGGAAGGUGGUCCGCAGAGGCUUGAGGCGCGAGGGUGAACAGGAUCGUGUUGGGGGGCAGAGGGACACGGGGAGGGAAGCAGAGAGUUGGCCUCGGAGAGAGCAGCCCCGAGUCCCCAUCGUCAGGGCACAUCCAGCACUUUGCACACGCAGCCCUCUGCCGAUGGCGCAGCCACGAGCCUGGGGGGUGGGGGGGGGGGGGACCCAGCCGGCCCCUUUCGUGUUUACUGUUGUCAAAAGGGUUUUGUUUCUCGUUUCGAUUGUUUUGUUUCCGGUUUGGCCUGUUUGUUUUUUAAGGGAAAAAACCGUUUGUAAUUAUUUCCUCCAAAGCUCCCAUUAUAUAUCUGUGAAUAAGAAGGAAGAUAUUUUAUAAGAGCAAGAAAAUGAUGUAUAUUUGAGGUUAUCGUGAAACGAGGCGUCACGACAACGCAGGAUACUGAGAAAACAUAAUUUAGAACGCUGGUUUUUGUGAAUGUUUUGUUUUUGUUUUUCGUUUGUUUUGAAACGUGUUUGGUUUGGGUUUGCACUGCAUGAACCCGGAGGGGAGGCAGGCCGGGGGCAGGCUGGGAAGCGGGGGUGGGGGGUUUCGGCAGGAGACAGGACGAGCUCCGGAGGGGCUUUGGACCCGGGGCCUGACAUUAGCUGUGAACACUUAGGAGCCCGGUGCAUGCGGGUCAGGGGUCUGGGGGUCCCACAGCUGGUGACGACCCCCCAGUGGGACGCAAACUGUACAUUUGCCAAUAGGUUUUUUCAGACCACAGUUUUUACUGCAAAUAAACCUAAGUUCUUUUCUGCA